UCUCCAGUGUGGGCGCUAUUCCAGGCAACGGAGGACUCUGUACCGGAGGCUUGGAUCAGCUGGAGAAUCAGUUAUUAGUAUGCGCACCCUUUUAAAUCUGGAUUCAGUGGAUAAAACAAAGGAAUUGAUGGACUACCUUCACAUCAUUGGAGUAUAUAAAAGGAUUUAAAGUUUAGGGGGGAAUAACAAACAGUGCCUGCCUAAAUAAAAGAAGAAGAAGAAGAAGAAGAAGUUACGCCUCCUACUACAAGUUACGCCCACAACAAGUUACGCCUCCGUCUUGCAGGACGCAGACGGACCCUACUCUACGAUCGUGUACACGUAGUUCUUUCCUUGAGAGACACCAUGGCUCGCAAACGAGCGAAGCAUAGCAGUUGCUUCGUGUUUGGAUGUACAAAUGAACACAAAAGUCUAUAUUUUGUUCCUUCCUCCGAGCCGCUGAAGAACCAGUGGGUUAAUUUUAUUGUCUCUGGAAAUGCGCCAGUCUGCGCCAAACAUUUCACUGACGACUGCUUCCUCAACUUGGGCCAAUACAGAGCUGGACUUGCUCAACGUCUGAGAAUCAAGUCUGGAUCAGUACCAACUCUCCAUGGCUCAGCUACAAACCUCGGACAAGCCAGCUCAUCAAGUGCUUACAUUCAGCAGCUUCUCUCAAGGGAUGCUGCCUGCCAGACAGACCACCUGGAAACACGUACUGUAGGCACACAGCUAUCCUUAAAGACUUUGCAGCCCCAUUUUAAAAGUGAAGAAGACUGCGAUGCCUUCGGAGACCGUAGCACUCAGUGUGGCGCUACCUCAGAGAUUCUGGGUGUGGACGCCCCUGGCUCCUCCCACAUGUCCAGUCACAGCGAGGAACUGCUGCAGCAGACCCCAGACACCAUUUCAAUCAAGGUCGAAGAGGAUAUUGGUGGAGGCUUGCCCGCCGUAGAAGACAAUGACAUCAAAGACUGCAGCACGCAGCGCGGCGCCGUCUCAGAGAGUCUGCAUGUGGAUGCCCCUGGCUCCUCCCACAUGUCAAGUCACAGCAGGGAGCUGCGCAUCCUGAGCGUUUACGGACAAGAGGAGGGCCCACUGGCGGUGGACGGCCAUGACACCCUCUUUGCCGCGUCAGAACUGGAGGCCUUGAGCUCGCUGUCCGCUGACCACAGCGUGGCCAAGAGCCUGAACUGCAGCGUGAGGCUUGUCCGCCUUGAGGAGCUGACUGGGCAUCAGGGCGGCCGCAAGGGCCGGCCCGGUGUCUUGUGUGGAAAGGUUAUUCCCAACAAUGCCAAUAUGAUCGUCCACAUGAGGACUCACUCUGGGGAGAAGCCCUACAAGUGUGACCAUUGCAUGAAGCGCUUCAGUCACAAAGGCAACCUGAAUAGCCACCUGAGGACUCACUCUGGGGAGAAGUCCUACAAGUGUGACCAAUGCAUGAAGUGCUUCCGUCAUGGCUCCUCCCUGAAGUUCCACAAGUCGACUCACUCUGGGGAGAAGCCCUACAGGUGUGACCAAUGCACGAAGCGCUACCAUCGGAAAUGCGACCUGGAGAUCCACCUGAGGACUCACUCCGGUGAGAAGCCCUACAAGUGUGACCAAUGUACGAAGCGCUUCAAUCAGACAAGGAACCUGAAGAUCCACAUGAGAACUCACUCCGGCGAGAAGCCCUACAGGUGCGACCAAUGCAUGAAGGGCUUCAGUCAGACAAACCACCUGAAGAUCCACAUGAGGACUCACUCCGGCGAGAAGCCCUACAGGUGCGACCAAUGCUCGAAGGGCUUCAGUCAGACAAGCCACCUGAAGAUCCACAUGAGAACUCACUCCGGCGAGAAGCCCUACAGGUGCGACCAAUGCACGAAGGGCUUCUGUCGGACAAGCCACCUGAAGCGCCACAUGAGGACUCACUCCGGGGAGAAGCUCUACCAGUGUGACCAAUGCAGUAAGCGCUUCAGUCGGAGAGAUGCCCUAAAGAGCCACCUGAGGUCUCACUCUGGGGAGAAGCCCUGCGUGUGUCUGCAGUGCAACGCCAGCUACAGCGACCCACGCACUUUGCGUGUGCACAUGCUCAAGCACCGUUUGGCACGGGUUAACAGGACGCUUUGAUUGAGACCUCUGUCCUGUAUUGGUUGAAAUUACUACUUUUUGUUUUUCUUUUCAUCACGAUUAAACGCUUUCAACUUUUGAUUCGCUUUCUGUUUUUAUUAAUAAUCGAUGUCUGUGUUGAAUAACUUAUUUCUAGGACACUUCUGACAGCAAAAUAAUUGAUUUAAUGUAGAGCUUGAUCAGGGGAAGAUACAGGCAGCAAAGUUACCAAGCAUACAGUCAAUGGGACGAUGGGUGUACAUGAUUCAUAUAGGAAAUGUUCACAUCGUGGGUAAAUACAAAGGAAACAAAGGUCAGGGGGAGGGGCCUUCGUGGAGUUUAGGUUUGGCCAGAGGAGACACCAAGAUAAAUUGCAAAGAAGUCGGUGGAUUGGCCUCAGUAUCAAACUUGGUGCCCACAGUUGCAAAUGCAAACUAUCUAAACACCUUUCAAUUAGAGA